AUGUGGACGUAUAUGAUGGCAGCGGCUCGUGGAGACCGAGCAAUUUCCAUGAUCAACGCCCGCCGAACUAAUGAGACCAGCGAUUACGACUUCUCCAGAUACAGUUACAGAUAUCCGAGUGCACUGUAUCAGAAUCCCCAUCGAAUACGAGCCAUAAAUGGACCACUGUACAGCACGACGUCAUUUGCAGACGUCCAGAGCAAUUUCCAUGGUGCCACCAACAUCUCCUCCACAGUCCCCUCGUCCCAGUUCACCAAUGCCACCCUCGCCAAUUGCACUCGGCGCUUCGAGCUGGCAGAUGUCAUGGGUCCAGACGCCACACUCUCCAUGCAGGACAUUCGCGCCGGACUGGAGAUUCCCAACGACGAUGAGGCGCAAAAUAAGGAAACAUCGGGGCAGUCAAAGUUAACAGCACUGCGUCGUUCCUUCAAUGCACUGAGAUUUAGACUAUCCAAGAGGGGCCGAUCCAACACACAAGAUUGGUUCCUGGACAAAUUCUCAAACAUCCCAGCAACCAAGAAGACCACUGGUGAACCAUCUGAACCAACCAACGGUGAUAGUUUCUGCAAUCGGUUGUCAGUCGAUCCGUCCUUGCCUUCACACUACAGGUGGUUGCUCGUUGUGUCCGUCGCCGUUCUCUACAAUGUCAUUUUUGUGAUAGGACGUGCCGUCUUCUGGGAGUUGAACAAGAAAUCCCCCGCUCUGUGGUGGAUUCUUGAUUACACGUGUGACUUUAUCUACAUCAUCGAUACACUUGUUCACUGUCACGAAGGUUACCUAGAGCAGGGGCUCCUAGUGCGAAAUGCCGCAAAAUUGCGUCGCCACUACUUCUCCACGAAGGGUUGGCGGCUCGAUUUGCUCUCAAUUCUUCCUACCGAUAUUGCCUACUUGUGGUGGCCGCCGAGCUCCUGCAAUGCUCGUGUGCCGUGUCCUGUUAUCGUGCGAAUCAAUAGACUUCUGCGUAUGCCGAGGAUGUGGGAAUGGUUCGAUAGGACAGAAACAGCUACCGGCUAUCCGAAUGUAUUUCGAAUAUGCAAAGUUGUUCUGGCCAUUCUUGUGCUCAUCCACUGGAAUGCGUGUCUCUACUUUGCAAUUAGCUACGCUCUGGGCUUUGGCACAGACAAUUGGGUGUACAACUUAAAUGGACCGAAGAACUCGACACUGUCACGUCAGUACAUUUACAGCUUCUACUGGUCCACACUCACCCUCACGACCAUUGGAGAAACCCCAACGCCGGAGAACGACGCCGAGUACCUCUUCGUCGUGGCGGACUUUCUCGCCGGCGUACUCAUCUUCGCCACCAUUGUCGGAAAUAUUGGCUCUAUGAUAUCCAAUAUGAAUGUGGCGAGGGUCGAAUUUCAGAACCGAAUGGAUGGUGUGAAACAAUAUAUGGCCUUCAGGAAGGUUGGCGGCGAACUCGAGGCACGAGUGAUCCGCUGGUUCGCCUACACGUGGGCCCAAAGUGGGGCACUCGACGAGGAGCGCGUGUUGGCGGCGCUGCCGGACAAACUCAAGGCGGAAAUUGCCAUUCGAGUGCACAUGGACACGCUGAAGCAAGUGAGGAUCUUCCAAGACUGCGAGCCCGGAUUGCUCGAAGCGCUUGUCCUUAAAUUGAAGCUCCAGGUUUUCAGUCCGGGCGACUACAUUUGCCGCAAAGGUGACGUCGGCAAGGAGAUGUACAUCGUGAAGCGCGGUCGCCUGUCGGUGGUGGGUGACGACGGCGUGAUGGUGCUGGCGACGCUGGGCGCGGGCUCUGUGUUCGGCGAAGUGUCUGUGCUGGAAAUAGCCGGCAAUCGGACUGGGAAUCGUCGCACGGCGAACGUCCGAUCAAUAGGCUAUUCGGAUUUAUUCUGCCUGGCGAAACGUGACUUGUGGGAGACACUGGCAGAUUAUCCCGAGGCGAGAGCUUCCCUCACCGAGCGUGGUUGUCAACUGCUUAGAAAGGACGGAUUACUUGAUGAAGAAGUUUUUGCCAAUUCGCAGCGAGUGCAGGAUUCCCUUGAGAGUGGCGUCGUGAAAUUGGAGAGUGCUGUUGAGAAUUUGAAUUUGCGCCUCGCUCGUCUCUUGGCAGAAUAUUCGGCGAGUCAGGCCAAAUUGAAGCAGAGAAUUGCAAAAUUGGAAUUGAGCAGCACAUUGCCAUGUGGCGAUGAACAGAGCAGAAUUCAGAGAUCGCGAAUCCAUUCAUCAUUGCAGCCACGUCGGCGGAAAUCACGUGCAUCGUCUGCCUCAUCGACCAACAAACAGAACACACUGUGAAAUUUUUUCCCACUUUUCCUCUUCAUUCCCCCUUUUUUCACACACUCUCUCUCUAAAACAUAUAAGUUCUCUGUCCUCUUUCUCUUCUUCUUCUUCUCGUGUAAAAUUAGAUUUUAAAGUGGAGAAUCUCUUUUGAAAAUCAACUGGAGAAUGUUCUUUGUGCCUCAAGAGUUUAAAAAAAAAGAGUCAUUUGUGUGAUUAUGGGAUGGAAUUUUAUGGGGAAAGUCUUAUCAGAUGCCGUCAAAGCUCAUUUCACACGAUCAACUUUGCUGUUCUUUCGCAGUCAUGUCUGGAAAAGCUUCUCCUUUCUGAGAAGGAGGAGGAGAAGGGAUGGGAAAAUGUCUCAAGUUCUUGGUCAUGUCGCUGUGCAAGUUUUAUGGCAUAAAUUUUUAGUAUAAUUUGGUAUUUGUGAAGGAAAACCACCUUAAAAAGUCAAUUAAUAAGGAGUAUUUUUCAAAUUAUAUAUUGUAUAGAGAAAUUAAUAUAACAAAAUCUUAUGGUGGAUUUUUAAAUUUGAUUUUCUUUUGUGUAUUUUGCUGCUUAAGGACAGACGAAUAAGAAAAGUCAUCGACUUUUGAUCACAUUUCCUAAUAUACAAUUUAUCAAUGAAGGUUUUUCUAUUUCAAUGCUUAAAAUAUCCUCACGUUUUUGCCAUGAAAUAAUAAAUUCCAUUAAAUUGACAAAUCAAUUCACUUGCAGAGUGAAUAAAUGGAGCCUCAAGGAACGAAUGAUGCAUUGAAAUUAUCAUCUCAAUUGUAUUAAAAACUAUUCUAUGCAUUGCAUACACGUCACAUAUAAUUAAUUGACAAUAUUUAGGUUGAGAUCCAGAAUGCCAGUAGCACAAUUAGUAUUCUUACCAGUAUUGAAUAUCGAAUCUCAAUCCACCUUUUGCUAUCCACAGAAGAAUUUAAUCUUCCCAUUGUUUGAGCAAUUUGUAUUUAAUUACAAUUGAUUGCUUAAUGGUAUUUAAUUGUCUGACUCGGAUAUAAAUGGCUUUUUAAUAUAGUUAUAAUUUAUUUAUGUAAUUUAUUUUAGAGAGAGAGAGAGAAAAAAGCUCUCACAUUCACCAUCUCACCUAAUUUGAGGUGCUUUUUUUGAUGAUCGUGUGAAUUUAGCGUCGAUGGAAAAAUCUCUGGUGAAUUUCCCCUAAUUCUAUAUGUAUAAUAGCACAUCUCAUCAUGUUAUUGUGUUACUUGAGAAGAGAUGAUGAAAUUGUGAAGCAUGUUAGGAAAGAUUGUAAGAAGAAAGAUUGUUGAGAAAGGUUUGCAAAUUUGAUGGCAGAGUAUUUUGGUCAAAAGAGAUAUAAUAGUGUUAUAUUUUUUAAUAAAGAACAGAGAAAG